ACGUUUUAUUACUAGGUACUACGUUCUUCCCAAAUAAUUCCCCUUAUUACAUUGAACAAAUAAUAGACUUUGCAAAUGAACUUAAAAUUGUAAACGACCCCGAAUAUGAUUGGAAGGACUUAAUUCGAUCAAACAGAAACUCUAAUGAGGCAAGAUGUGACGUAAUACAAAAUUCAUUUAUGCAAACUAGAAAGCUCAUAGGAAAAAAGGCUAAACUCCUUGGGGGAAAUGCAAUAUUAGGUUAUCAAGAACACCUAAAUUUAGAAGGGAGCACAACAAAUAAAAUAUGUAUUCGUAUCACAGGAACUGUUGUCAAAUUAGGAAUAAAGAAUUUGAAUGAAAUAAAUAAUAUUAAUAUUAAACAGAAUAGUACGAUAAAAAAUAUUUUAAGAAAUAAUGAAUUUUUUUUCGAAAAUAAUAUGGAGAGAAAUAAAGAUAUGAAAUAUAAUAAAAGGGAAAGUUUACAACCGAAUGCGUCAUAUAAUUUCGUUGAUGUAAUGUUGCUAACAUUGGAUUCAUUACCAGAUAACAUAAAAUAUACUUAUGGUGGGCUGGUUGCAUCAAAGGCUGUUAAAAUUUUACAUCCAAGGCUCACAGAAGAACAAAGGGAUGAGUGGUUAUUAGAAAUAAGGGACGAACUCAAGUCGAAUGCUAAAUUUUUGUCCUGUAACGUUGUUCUAGGUUACAAAGAAGACACCUACAUAUUCAGCGAUGUAAUAGUCUUAUUUUGUUAUGGAACAGCAAUAAAUAUAUUACCCUCCUUUUUUUACGAUGAAAAAAUUAUAUCUUUCAUAAAUAAAGAUGUACCUAAAACAAAUAUGUUUAAAAGUAAUUCAAUUAAUUCUCAUAAGAAUGUUAAUUGUAUUUAUUUACACUCCGCCUCAGAUGAAAAUGAAAAUAACAAAGUUCCAUGCAGGGUGUGUAAGGAAUCUUUUGUUCCUAAAAUUUACAUAUCUUCGGCUGUUAUACCGCAAGAUUUGGCCUUAAUAGGAAACGGUUUUUUAAUAUCCGCCUUUGUUAUUUAUCCUUUGAAGAAACACUACGGGGAAUACCUAGCCUCAGAAAUAAGUGAAAUAUUACCCUUUCUGGAAUUAAAUUUACACAAACAAAUAAUCUGCAAGUUACUAGUAAACGGAUUUAACAGUAUUUUUGACUAUAAUUUAAAGUUAUGUUUUAAUCAGAAUUAUUUAUUUGGUUAUUGUUAUGGUACGGGCAUGUGUACAUACGGUAUAUAUUCUGAUAAUAAAUUUUUAAUUAAAUCUAAUUAUAAAGAUAAUUUUUAUAUAAGAAACAAAUGUAUGGGUGCUCUUGAAUUAAAAGGUAUAUAUGACAAUAUUAACUAUCGAUCCUUUUUUUGUAAAAACAAAAGUUUAAUUUCACCUGUGUAUCUAAAGGGAGAUAUAAUUUAUAACAAUGACAUAAACAUGGAAAAAAAUAAUAAACAAUCAUAUUAUCAUAUGAAUAAUAAAAGGAGUAAAGAGAAUUCGGGGUUUUAUAAUUCUGAAAUAAAUGCAAUAAAUGAUAUUAUGAACAGUUAUGAAAAUGAUGGAGGGAAAAAAAAAGUUCAAAGGCAAAAAAAGGAUCAACAGGAAUAUGAUGAAAAUGAUACAUAUAAAAAAAAAAAUAAAGAAAGGUAUGAUGAAGAUAAUAACAGUGAAGAACCAGAAGAAAAACAGAAACUAGAGGAAGAACAAGAAGAAAAUGACCAACGAGAUGAUGAUCAGGAUAAUGAUAUAAGUCCGUAUAAACGUCAUUCCAGGGAUGAUGCAUAUAACAAAAUUAUAAAUAAUAAUUACUUUAGAUUAAAAGAAAUAUAUAUGAAAGAAGAAAGUGAUUUAUUAAAUGAAAAUAAUGAUAAAAAUAAACAUGGAGAUUUUUAUAACAUAAAAAGUGACGAUCUUAAUAAUUCAAAUAUUGGAGUAAGACAAAGAAAAAGGAAAAAAAAAAAAAAAGAAAAAAUUAAAGCAAAAAGAAGAAAAAAUAAAGGAUAUGUAUACGAAGUAGAAGAUCAUCUAGAUAAUAUUACAUUAUUUAAUAUAUAUGAAGAUAAUAUUGCUUUAUAUAAUUAUGUAUUUAAUUUGGAUGUUAAAAAUUUCCUUUAUAAAAAGGGAUUAUUAGACAAUUCUUACAAAAUAGCAAACAAUAAUCAAAUUGAAAAUAAAAAAAAUAGUAAUAUUAUCAAUAAUUUGAAUACACCACGUAUAAUUAAUUCAAUAUCAUCUGAAAGAAUUAUAAAAACAGAAUACCAACAUGGUACUCAAAAAUAUAUAAAUAAUAUUAAAAAUGAUAUAAACGAAAAAAGGUAUAAUGAUCAUGUUGAUCAUAUUAAUAAGGUUGAAAAGGAAAAUAAUAUAUACAAUGGAGCUGAUCCGAGUGAAAAAAGGCAUUCGCUCCAAAAUAAUUUACAAGAAUUUAAUAAUAAAAUUGUCAAAAGCUCAAGUAAUAAUAAUUAUUCAUUUGAGAGUGUAAUAAAAGAUGAAAUAGAUAAAUUAGACGAUGAUGAUGAUGAUAAUAAUACAAAUAAAUGGAAUGAAAUUAAGAAGAGAAAAAAAAAAUUCAAAAAAGAAAAAAAAAAAAUAAUAAAUAAUACUUCAGCAGUUUUUCAAAAUGGAUUUUUAAAAAAUUCAAAUAAUUCAUUUCAAAAUCAAGAAAUAGAAGAUGAUAAGAACAAAAACAACAACAUCAACAUCAACAACAAUAAUAAUAAUAAUAAUAAUAAUUACAAUUACAAUUACAAUAAUAAUGAUAAUAUAAAUAUAUAUAACGAGAUGAUAAAAAAAAAAUAUGUGCUCGAUAAUAAUUAUACAAAAUAUUUCUUUUAUAUAUUUACUCUAGAUAUGUUACCAAGCAUAAAAUUUGAAACAUUCUAUGAGAAAAAUAACGAGCACACAGAUUUUAAUCAAUAUUAUAAAUUUUAUUCGAACACUGAUGAUGAUACAGAUAUAAAUACAAUAAAAAAAAAAAAUGUCAAAAAUAAAAAAAAAUAUGGAAACCUUCUGAUUAAAAAUUAUAGUAAUCAUAAUGAAUACAGUUAUUUAGAAUAUGAUGAAAAUAAAAAUUAUGAAAUGAAUAAAAAGGAAAAGCUACUUACUGAAAAUAAUCAAUAUGAUAUGCAUAUAAAAGAUAAUAUAUAUUAUAAUGAUGAUAAUGAUGGUGAUGGAACGCAAACAAAAAAAGGGUCGUCUUUUUUGUCUAAUAAUAAUAUUAAUAAGAAUAAGUAUAAGAAGGAAGAAAAUAAAACACACAUUAUAGGAUAUAUGGAUCAUGUGAAUAAGGAAAAUAGUGUGAAGGAAUUAAAAAAACGAAACACAUUUUAUAAUAACAGCGAUCAAUUAUACACCUUCGAAGUCAAAAAUAAUGAUAUAAUAAAGAAUGAGAAAAGACAAUCAAAUUAUUAUGUGGAAGAACAAAUUAUAAGUGGGAAUAGAAAAAUUGAGAACGAAGAUAAGCAUUUAAAGAAACAUUAUGAUGAGAAUGAUAUAAGAAAAAAAAAAAGGAAAAAAGAAAAAGAAGAAAAACAACAAAAAAGUAAAAGUAAAAAUACAUAUUUAAAUAAUUUAUCUAGAAGUUAUAUUUAUUUAAUUAAAAGAAUAAAUUUAUUUUCUGAAAAUAAUAAUGAAGUAGAUAUAAUGUAUGAAAAGAUAAAUAAAGCAUUUAUAGAUUUAUAUAAUAUUUUUAUAUUUUAUAUAUUUAUUCAUAAUUUAUUCCCAUGUUGUAUAUGCAGUAUAAGAUUAAAUUUUUCAUUUAUAUCUUUUGAUAUAUUAGAAGUUAUGUUAACAGGCCAUUUAAUAAAAGUUAAAAAUAAUAAUGCUAUCAAUUUAGAAUUACAAAAUAUGAAUAAGUCAGUACAAGAAAAUUUAUUAAAACAUUUUUUUAAACAUUUAGAAAAUUAUUAUAUAGAAAAAUCAGAGCUAUUCAAUUAUACAAAUAUGUUUUCAAAUAAUAUAGAUAAAAUCAUUUUAAAAAAAAAAAACAAAAGUGAUAUUUCUCAAUUUGGCUAUAUUACUAAACGAAGAACUAGUAUGAUGAAAAGUCAAAGAAGUAUAUGGACAUUUCUUUUCACUAAAAUAUUCCAUUCUCCACUUUUUAAUUUUACUUCGAAAAUAAAAAAUAUAUUUUCUAAAAAAAAUAAAAAAACACAAAAACGAAAAGAUUUAGAGAAUGAGAAAGAAAAAGAAAAAGCAAAAUAUAAACAAAAAAAAAAUCACAACAACAACAAUAAUAAUAAUAAUAAUAAUAUUAUUAUUCCUAUGAAUAAAAAUAUCGAUUCCAAAGAAAUAGAAAAACAAAAUAAAAAAAAAAAUAAAUUACAAUUAUUACUUAAAAAAACUGAUAAAAAAAAUAUGAAUCCAUCACAAAUUAAUAAUAAUAUUAAUGAUAGCAUAUUCUUAUUUGAUCAAUUAAAAAAUUAUAUUAUAUUAGAAAAUCGUAAAGUUUUUUUUGAAAAUUAUAUGGAAAAUGAAUUUUCUUCAAUUAUUAUUACACCUUUAAAUGUAUUACCUCAUGUUAUUAUUAAAAAAUAUUUUGGUGUUAUAUCAUUACAUAUAGUUAAAGAAAAUAUUAACUUAAAAAAGUUCGAUUUUUUUUAUCAAAGUCUUAUAUCAGAUAUAUUAUUUAUAGCAAAAUCACAUAUUAAAAAUAUUGGUGCUAAUUUAAUUUCCUCAUUUAAAAUAACAAACUUGUUUUUGAGAGAAGAAAAAUCACAUGGUUAUGCCCUCAUAAGUAUAUGUGGGGACGUCGCCAAAUUUUGA